CUAUUGAGGAGCAUUUACUCAGAAAUGUACCAAAACGAUGUAAUUUUCUCUUGUUUGACCAACUGCUUCUCACAAACACCAGAUACUGAAUCCCACACUGGCCCGUCAGAGAUAUUAAACAAAAAUACCUGUUGCAUAAACUACCCAAUCAGGAACUGUUCUUUCCGCCAUCCUUCAUUGCUGCCGCCGUCAGUCGAGAAAGAGGGAGCUCCUAGCCCGCUUUCCUUUAUUCUGUUUCUGUAAGUGUGUGGCACGAUGGCUGAUGAGAAGAAAGCACAGCAAACCUCCAAGAAGGGCGCGAAGAAAAUUAUCAAGAAGGCGCCAACGAAGGGCGGCAAGAAGAGGAAGCGGUCCAGGAAAGAAAGUUACUCCAUCUAUAUCUACAAAGUGAUGAAGCAGGUUCACCCCGACACCGGCAUCUCCUCCAAGGCCAUGAGCAUCACGAACUCGUUCGUCAACGAUAUUUUCGAGCGCAUCGCGGGGGAGGCUUCCCGCCUGGCCCAUUACAACAAGCGCAGCACCAUCAGCUCCCGGGAGAUCCAGACCGCCGUGCGGCGGCUGCUUCUGCCCGGGGAGUUGGCCAAGCACGCCGUGUCGGAGGGCACAAAGGCGGUGACCAAGUACACCAGCUCCAAGUGAAGGACUGCACUGCACUGAA